AUGGAGUCCUUCGAAUACAACGUCAACCCCAGCCGCGUCGUCUUCGGCAGCGGCAGCCUCCAAAAGCUCCCCGACGAGCUCAAACGACUGAACCUGAGCGCACCAAUACUCCUCUCCGGAUCCCGGGGCGCCAAACAAGCAGAGCAGCUCCAAAGCAUCCUCUCCAACCGCGUCGCAGGCAUCUUCUCUGAAGCCGCAAUGCACACCCCCGUCCACGUCACGGAAAGGGCGCUCGAGUACACCAAGUCCCGCGGCGCGGACAGCGUGGUCUCGAUCGGCGGCGGCAGCGCGAUUGGUCUCGGCAAGGCGAUCAGCUUCCGGACGGGGCUGCCGCAUAUCUGUAUCCCGACGACGUAUGCGGGCAGCGAGAUGACGACGCAUCUGGGGGAGACGGCGGGGGGAAAGAAAACAACGAAGAGUGAUCCGAAGAUCUUGCCUGCGACGGUGAUAUACGACGUCGAUCUUACGAUGACGCUGCCGGCGGAGCUGAGCGCGACGAGUGGGGUUAAUGCCAUUGCGCACGCGGUCGAAGCACUCUACGCCCGCAACGCGAACCCGAUAACCACCCUCCUCGCGCUCGAAGGCAUCCGCGCCCUCGCGGCCUCCCUCCCCCUAAUCGUCGAAAACCCCUCCGACAAAGCCGCGCGCACCUCGGCGCAAUACGGCGCCUGGCUCUGCAGCUCCUGCCUCGGCAGCGUCGGCAUGGCGCUGCACCACAAACUCUGCCACACGCUGGGCGGCUCCUUCGGGCUGCCGCACUCCGAGACGCACACGAUCAUCCUCCCGCACGCCAUCGCGUACAAUGCGCCGAAGACACCGGAAGCCAUGAAAAAGCUGGCGGAGGCGCUGCCGGGGAGCGAGGGCGAUGCGGUUAGGGGGUUGAACGUGCUGCUGGAGAGGCUGAAGGUUAAGAGAGGGUUGAAGGAACUGGGGAUGAGGGAGGAGGAUGUAGAUAAGGCGGCGGAGAUUGCGGUUGGCAAUCUGUAUUGGAACCCUAGGAGUGUGGAGAAGGAGCUUGUGAGGGAGGUUCUUAGGAGGGCGUGGGCGGGGGAAGAGGCGCGGGCGGAUUUGUAG